CCUGGAAUGAGUCUGUGACAGUGUCUUUGCAGCUGAGGGUGUGUGUGUCUGUGUCUUGGCUCCGUUUGCACUGGCCGUGCCUGUCGCCUCAGCGAACAAAACACGCUUAGGAUGGCAGGGGAUUGUGUUUCUGAGGGUCGUGACCUGGGAGAGAUGACUGAGGAGGAACUGUGGGAACUGAUUAAUGACAACCGCCACCGGAUCUCGUUGGGGGUGCGGCCGUGCAUAUUGAUCCCGUACCUGAGGCAGGCCAGGGUGCUCAAUGAGAUGGAUGAAGACGAGAUCAUCUCCUGCCACAACCUCACCAACCGCAGCAUGAGAACCAGCUAUAUGCUAGACCUGCUGAGGACCCAGGGGAGGAAUGGUGCCGUGGCCUUGCUGGAGAGCCUGAUGAUCCAUUACCCCACCUUGUACACCCAAGUCACUGGACGCAAACCCAGCACUGAGCCUUCAAGAUUCAGCGGCCUGAUAAAGUACUCGGAGCUGACAGAGUACCUGGUCAGAGCAGUAACAGGGAUGCAGAAGGAGCUCCAGGAGGCACGCUGUGAGGCAAGCAGAAAGAGUGCGCGCUGUGCCUCCCUGGAGUUGGAGAUCAGGCAGUUAAUGGAACUGGAGGAGAAGUCCAGGUGCCUCCAGUCAGAAAAUGAACGCCUGCGCAGACAGCUGUGUUGUUUGCAACAUGAGGUCACCAAGCUGAAGGAUGAGAAGUGUGACUUGUAUAUGCGCUACACAGCAGCCAUCGAGGAGAAGUCAGCCGUGAACAUGCGCCUCCAUGAUCUCAACCUGCAGAUGUAUCAGCUGCAGACUGAGCUGCAGAAGACACAAACUGAGAACGAGUUCCAGAAGCGGCGCUCACUCAGACGUCUUUCUGAGACUCCACCACUGAAAGAAGAAGUCAGAGAGGCUUGUCAGGACAUCCUGGCCAAGGACCUGGCUGAGGCCAUCGACAGCCAGACGGAGCUGGCAGAGCUGCUCAGGUGUUCCAGAGCGGAGAACGAACACCUGCUAGCAGAGAGGAGAGGGCUGGUGGAUCAGAAGGAGAGCCUGAGCCUGCAGAUGCAGCAGCUGACCCUGGACUGUAACAUGCACCAGCAGAGGAGCACUGUGAUCCAGAGCCAGUGUAAAGAGCUGCAGGCAGAGAGAGACCAGGCAUACCUGUCAAGAAACGAGGCCCAGGCCAUGAUCGCCCGCAUCCUGGCUGAGAAGGACACCCUGAGGUGUCAGCUGGUGGAGCUUCAGGAACAGGUCUGCAGCCUGCAGGCUAAACGCAGCCCCAGAGAGGAGCGGCACAGUAGUGAUGAGACGGGCGAGGGCUGGGAGAGCCCGGGAUCCAGCUUCGAAGAUUCCUCACUGCACACAAUCCCCACCAGACGCAGACUGCGCCGCAUGGAUGCAGUCAAUCCCAUGUCCCUGAGCUCCUGUAAUUCAGAGAGUGAAGAUGUUGCAGCAAGCAGUGUCCGAUCCCGAAACGUAGAGCCCCCGAGUCCAGAGUCAAUCCGCAGGAGGCAGAAAGCUCUGUGUGCAGACAGCAGUUUGGAAACUUUGGAGACGGAAUGUCUAUAUGACGACUUUGUCUUUAUUGGGAGUGUGGGGAGUAAAGACAAGCAGACAGCCAUGCUUUCCUCCUCUGAUGGCUCCGGCAGUGAUGGUCUGUCAAAAACCUCCGCCCCUCCCUUCCUGAUGCGUUCUCGUCCCAAAGCAAUUCGCGUCAACGGCCGUGUUCUCAGCAUCUCCUUCCAGGGGGAGGCGCUGCUCAGCCAGCUGGCUGUGGUGGGAGGCAACAAGAGCGGAGUGUUUGUGCACCAGGUGACAGAGGGCUCCGCUGCGCAUACUGUGGGCAUCAGCCCCGGCUCACAGAUAGUGGAGAUAAAGUACGAGCAGAACCAGAAGGCUCUGAGGAUGGUGCUGGAGGAUUCCACUUUAGAGGAAGCUAUGUGGGCUCUUGGCCAGGUCACAGGCCUCUGUCACCUCUCCCUUCGGCCCAGGCAAGAUGACUAUGAAACGCUGCUGCAGCAGCUGCAGAGCAGUGAGACAUCAUCUGGGGACUCCUUCUACGUCCGUGUCAACAUGUGUCUCCCUGCCGGCGCCAAUGGAACCUUAGCUGUGUCCCUCAACGACAUCCUCCAUGUGACCAACACACGGCCUGCUGACACUGAGGACUCGUGGCACGCCAGCCAAGUUCACCCCUGUCAGCUCCUCGACCUCCAGAGCGGAAACGUACCCAACUAUUACAGGGCGCAGCGACUCCUGAUCCGAGCCAUUGAAGAGAUGAACUUUCAAUCAAAGAAGCCUGGAAAGACUGGACGUGUGCUGGCCCAGAAUACGCAGAAGGCAGUGAGGAUUGUGGGCACCAGGCGGCAGGGCAGGAACCCACUGUGGGUCUGCGUGGAAGAUGAAAAGCCCAAGAGUACCGAAUCAGGUGAUGCGUCUGCGGCCAAAAGUUGUCUAACCCUGAUGCCCUACAGCCUGGUCAUGCCACACUUCCCACCCAUCUGCAGGCCGGUGCUGCUGCUGCCCACCAUCCUGGGACACAUCCUGAACAAGAAGCUGGCAGACUGGCAGGGCUUCCAGCUCUGUGAGCCAGAGGUGCUGAGCCCCAGUGAGCAUGCAGCCCAGCUGCAGAGGUCUGAGAUCCUGGAGGAGUGUGAGCAGGGGAGAAACUGCUGCUACACCCUGCAGAGUGUGGAGAAAAUCAUGAAGAAGGGGAUUCACUGUGUGCUGCCGUUGGGGCUGGACUGUGUGCGUCGUCUGCACCGGGCUGAGAUCUUCCCCAUCAUCAUCUUCAUCGGCCAGUCUGCACGGAGUGCACGCAAACUCAAGUCAAAGCUGCAUCGCCGCAGUCAGUCUGAGGAGCAGCUGCUGGCGUGCUCAAAGAGCGAGGAGCCGCUGCUGGAUAAGCUGCCGUGUCUGUAUCAUAGCGUGGCUCCGGACUCCUGGUGCGACCAGGCCUCCCUGCUAACCAGCCUGCGCACCAUCAUCUGGGAGGAGCAGAGGAAGAUUGUCUGGGUGGAGCCUGACCUGUGGUGAAGCGGUGGACAGAACUGAGAGAAAUCUUAGGAAACACAUCAAAUAUUGAUAUAUGGUGAUUUGAUUUGUGCUUUGUGUUAACACGAGGAUAUAUUUAGCUUUACAAUGAAUAGUUUUGUAAACAGCAGUAUGUAUCUAUGAUACUAAGGAGUAACUGGGUGAAAGAAGGGCUUUCAUGAAGUUCUGUAUUCUGUACUUUUAACCUUUUCAAACCGGAGCAGGCUAUAUUUCUUUCAAAUACAUGGGGAGAAAGUAAUGAGCAAUUCAACAAAAACAAACAGUAACAAACAAAAAAAUCAU